CAUGUUACAGCUCUACAUGACGCACAUGGAGAAUACAGAGAGAUUUAUAUUAUUCUAAUGUACAUAGUUUAUUAAGAAAAUGCAGUUUUCAAAAGAAACACCAUGGAGGCGAUUGGAGGGCAUGUCGUUUGGCUUGUACGACGCUGAUGAAUUAAGGAGGCUGAGUGUGAAGACGGUCACGAACCCGGAGCUGCUGGAAGGCGUGGGCAGUGCGGCCCCGAACGGGCUGUAUGAUCUGGCUCUGGGCCCCGCCGACAGCAAGGAGAUCUGCUCCACCUGCAUGCAGGACUACGACAGCUGUCCGGGACACCUGGGCAUCGUGGAGCUGCCCCUGCCCGUCUACAACCCGCUCUUCUUCAGCAACUUGUACAUGCUGAUCCGAGGUUCGUGCCUCCAGUGCCACCUCAUGCUGUGCCCGCGCGCGGCGCUGCAUCUGCUGCUGGGACAGCUCAAGCUCUUGGACGUGGGCGCGCUCAAUGAGGCGUACGAGCUCGAGCAAGUGCUCAACCAGUUGCUGGAGGUCAACGCCCAGCCGACCUCUAUAGAGAUCCAGGAAACCCUGGACGCGUUCAUCAAUCCCAUCCUCAAAGCCAGGCCAGACAAGCAUCACACUGCUCCUAUCAGACAUGUGUGUGAGAAGAAGGUAAGCCUCAUCCACAGGUUCUGGAGGAUACACAUGGCCACACGGAAAUGUCCGAAUUGCAAGAUCAGAGUGUCUGUGCGCCAUGAACACAACAGCAAACUCAUCAUCUCGUCCAUCUCGCUACAGGCCGAUGAUCACCAGCUGACCAAGCGUGGCUUCCUGACGCCGAGUGUGGCGCGAGAGCACAUCACCAAACUCUGGGAGAACGACGGGUUCUUCCUGAAGCAUCUGUUAUCAGGCUUCAGCACGAGCGACUCGGGCUCAGACUUCAAUCCCGAUGCGUUCUUCCUGGAUCUGCUGGUGGUUCCUCCAUGCAAGUUCAGGCCUGUUAAUCGAUUGGGAGACCAGAUGUUCACCAACGGACAGACUGUUAACCUGCAGUACGUGAUAAAGGAUAAUCACACCAUCCAGAAGUUGCUCGCACUAAUCGCUGCGGAGAAAAACAGCGCCGGGACGGAUGAGUGUGAUGAAGCGACGGAGGCCAGCGAGAUCGAUCAGUCCUUCUUAGUGGGCAUUACCGGAGUGACUCUCACAGACAAGCUGUACAGCACCUGGAUCCGCCUGCAGAGCCACGUCAACAUCGUGUUCGACAGCGACAUGGACAAGCUCAUGACCGAGAAGUUCCCCGGCGUCCGUCAGCUCCUGGAGAAGAAGGAGGGCUUGUUCAGGAAGCACAUGAUGGGGAAGCGUGUGGACUUCGCUGCGCGCUCUGUCAUUUGCCCUGAUAUGUACAUCGAAACCAAUGAGAUUGGAAUACCAAUGGUGUUCGCCACGAAGCUGACGUACCCGCAGCCGGUGACGCCCUGGAACGUGAAGGAGCUGCGGCAGGCGGUGCUGAACGGGCCCGAUGUGCACCCCGGGGCCUCCAUGGUGAUCAACGAGGACGGCUCGCGCACCAUCCUCAGCAGCAGCAGCGCCACCCAGAGGGAGGCGGUGGCCAAGCAGCUGAUGACGCCCACCACCGGCCAGCACAAGAUGCCCAUGAAGAUCGUGAAUCGCCACAUCAGGAACGGGGACGUGCUUCUGUUGAACCGCCAGCCCACUCUGCAUCGGCCGUCCAUCCAGGCCCACAACGCCCGGAUCCUGCCCGGGGAGAAGGUGCUCCGCCUCCACUACUCCAACUGCAAGGCCUACAACGCGGACUUCGACGGGGACGAGAUGAACGCCCACUUCCCCCAGAGCGAGCUGGGCCGGGCCGAGGCCUACACACUCGUGAGCACGGACCAGCAGUACCUCGUGCCCAAGGACGGGAAGCCGCUGGCCGGCCUGAUCCAGGACCACAUCGUGUCCGGCUCCAGCAUGACCAUCCGCGGGUGUUUCUUCACACGGGAUCAGUACACGGCUCUCGUCUACCGAGGCCUGACGGACCGGAGCGGCCGGGUGAAGCUGCUGCGGCCCGCGCUCAUCAAACCCGUGCAGCUCUGGACCGGGAAACAGGUGGUGUCAACCCUCUUGCUGAACGUCAUCCCAGAAAACUGCAUCCCUUUAAACUUGACGGGAAAGGCGAAGAUUCCCAGUAAAGCCUGGGUGAAGGAGCCUCCCAGAUCUGUUCCCGGAUACAGUCCCGAGUCUAUGUGUGAAUCCCAGGUGGUGAUCCGCCAGGGCGAGCUCCUGAUGGGGGUUCUGGAUAAGGCUCAGUACGGCAGCUCGGCGUACGGCCUGGUCCACUGCUGCUACGAGCUGUACGGCGGACAGACGAGCGGGAAACUGCUCAGCUGCCUCGCGCGACUCUUCACCGCUUUCCUGCAGCUCUACCGCGGCUUCACCCUGGGUGUGGAGGACAUUCUCGUCAAAGAUGGAGCCAACAAACUACGAAGGAAAAUGAUCCAGAAGUCAGUCUCAUGCGGCUCCAAGGCUCUCCGGGCCGCGUUUAACCUGCCCGCGUCCGCCGGAGACGCCGAAGCCCGAGAGCGCUGGCAGGACGCACACCUCAACACAGACCAGAGAGACUUCAACAUGGUGGACCUGAAGUUCAAAGAGGAGGUCAAUCAAGUGAACAACAACAUCAACAAGGUGUGCAUGCCGCUGGGUCUCCAUCGCUCCUUCCCAGAGAACAACCUCCAGCUGAUGGUGCAGUCCGGGGCCAAGGGCUCGACGGUCAACACCAUGCAGAUCUCCUGUUUACUGGGCCAGAUUGAGCUGGAGGGCCGCCGGCCACCACUGAUGCCUUCUGGGAAAUCCCUGCCCUGCUUUCAGCCCUAUGAACCGCAGCCGCGCUCCGGAGGAUUCGUGACCGGCAGGUUCCUGACAGGGAUCAAGCCUCAGGAGUUCUUCUUCCAUUGCAUGGCCGGUCGUGAAGGACUCGUGGACACGGCGGUCAAAACCAGUCGAUCUGGUUAUCUGCAGAGGUGUGUGAUCAAGCAUCUGGAGGGUCUGGUGGUCCAGUAUGAUCUGACUGUGCGGGACAGUGAUGGAAGCGUGGUCCAGUUUCUGUACGGGGAAGACGGGCUCGACGUCCCCAAGAUCCAGUUCCUACAGCCGCGCCAGUUCCCCUUCAUCAAAGACAACUACGAGGUUAUCAGAAAGUCGAAGUGCUUGGAUGAAGUCCUGGAUAAGAUGGACCCACAGGAAGCGGUUAAUCACUUUAAAGCCAUUAAGAGAUGGAAGGCGAAACAUGAGCGUGUUUCUCCCCGAGACGGUGGCUUUCUGCUGUUCUCGCAGAAGAAGAUGAGCAAGCUGAAGUCUCAGCUGGAGGUGCAGGAUCUGGCCAACGGGAGAGAGGCGGCCUCUGGACAGCUCGUGGAGCGGUGGAGGGCUCUGGACGAGGCGGGCCGGAGGAGGUAUCUGAAGAAGACGUCUCGCUGCCCUGACCCGUGUCUGGCUGUUCACCGGCCCGACAUCUGCUUCGGCUCCGUGUCCGAGACCUUCGAGGCCAUCGUGGAGAACUACCUCGACCAGUUCAACGUCAAGCAGGAGUUUCCGGUGUCUUCUGAGACCGUGGACUCCGAUAGACUCAGGCCCCUCCUGCAGCUGAAGUGGCAGCGGGCGCUGUGUGACCCCGGGGAGGCGGUGGGUCUGCUGGCGGCUCAGAGCAUCGGGGAGCCCUCCACACAGAUGACCCUCAACACCUUCCACUUCGCCGGCAGGGGCGAGAUGAACGUCACGCUCGGCAUUCCCAGGUUAAGAGAAAUCCUCCUGAUCGCCAGCCCGAACAUCAAGACCCCCAUGAUGAGCAUCCCAGUCCUGGCCAACAAGAAAGCCUUGAAGCGUGUGAAGACCCUGCGGAAGAAGCUGACACGCGUGUGUCUAUCAGAGGUGCUCCACAAGGUGGACGUGAUCGAAACCUUCCGCAUGCCGAAGAAGCGAGGCGACAAAUCCCGCGUCUUCAAGCUCACGUUCCAGUUCCUGCCUCCCGAGCGAUACCAGCAGGACAAGCUGCUGACCCCCGACGAGAUCCUGCGCUUCAUGGAGCAGAGGUUCUUCCGGCUGUUUCUGGAGGCCAUCAAGAAGCUGAGCGUUAAACUGGCGGCCAUCAGUAUGGUGGACACGCGCAGAGCCACGGCCGGCGACGGAGAGGGGGAGGCCGCGGGAGUCGCCGCCACAGAGGGUGAAGGCACUGAGGAUGCAGAAAACAACAUGAUUGUGGAUGACGUGGCGAAUGAAGGUGAUGCUGAUGCCACGGACUCCAGGAGAAAAGAGAAACAGGAAGAGGAGGUGGACUAUGAGAGUGAGGGGGGCGAGCAGGGAAGUGAUCAGGAACAGGAAGUGGCUGAGGACACACAGGAAGGGGCCGAGGACAAUCAGGAAGUGACCUCACACACACAGGAAGAGGCGGAAUCUUCUGACGAGACCCCGCCUCCUGAGCGCUCUGAACAGCCGCAGUCAGACUCCGAGGAGACCUUGAGGAUCAACGCUGUGCUUCAGUUGAGCGCCGCUGUGGAGGACUACAAAUACGACACUGUGAACGGGCUGUGGUGUGAGCUGACCCUGGUGCUGCCCGUCAGUAAGGUGCACUUCGACCUGACGUCAGUGGUGUCCCAGCAGGCCCACAGCGCCGUCAUCAUGGAGACCAAGGGCAUCUCGCGCUGCUUGCUGAACGAAGUCACCACGAAGGAGGGCAGCAAAGAGCUGGUGCUCAACACUGAGGGCAUCAACUUACACGAGAUGUUCAACCAUGCUGACAUCCUGGACUUGAACCGGUUAUACUCCAACGAGGUCCAUGCUAUAGCAAACACAUACGGCAUCGAGGUGGCCCUGCGAGUCAUCGAGAAGGAGAUCACAGAUGUCUUCGCUGUCUAUGGGAUCGAGGUGGACCCGCGGCACCUCUCUCUGGUGGCCGAGUACAUGUGUUUCGAGGGUGUGUACCAGCCCCUGAACCGCUUCAGCAUCCGCUCCAGCAGCUCUCCACUGCAGCAGAUGACCUUCGAGUCCUCCUACCGCUUCCUCAAGCAGGCCACCAUGAUGGGCUCCUGUGAUAAACUGCGAUCGCCCUCGGCUUGCUUGGUUGCAGGGAAGGUUGUGAAAGGAGGAACCGGCAUCUUCGAUCUGAAACAGCCGUUAAACCGAGACUGAAUUUAGCCUCUUUAGGGUUAAUAGAUGGACUCCAGAAUGACAAACUGCGUCUCUUUUUGUCUGUAUCAUCAAUAAAUAGUUUUUCUUUUUA